AGUAAUUGUCAAUUUUUUGAAUGAGUAGUUCAUGUUUAUCAUUUCAUCUAAUUAUUAUUAUCAAUUGAUAAUGAUUACGUUUUUAUGAAUCAAAUAUUAAUAAAUCAUGGGUUAUAAAGAAGUGUUUGAAAAAUUGGAAAGGAAUCCCCAACAUGUAUACGACGACGCAGUGAAAAUCCUUUGUAAAAUAGCAGAUAACAUACUGAAAGCCCCUUCAGAUUUGAAAAAACGUACAUUACAGAAGAGCAAUGCCACUAUAUCUAGUAAAGUCUUGUCUGUAAAAGGUGGAGCAGAAUGUCUUAAGCUCAUGGGUUUCUCAGAGAAUGAUACCUGUUUCACAAUGGCUACUAAUGUGCCCUUAAACAGUGUUGAAGAAUUUAAGAAGUCUGUUGUAGAAUGGAGAAAGUUGGUGGAUCAAAGGAGUCAAACCAUUGAAAAGGUUAAUAACACCACAACUCUGCCUUCUGUCAGUGCUGUGGAAAAUAAGCUGAAAGAAACGGUCAUAAAAAAAAUUGUGUUGCCACCUCUCAUACUGACUUUUUCCAACCCUUUUCUAAGGAGAAUAGAAACUUACUCUCACAGUGUUUUACAAUAUGAGGACAGUCAUCUACAAGAAAGAACAAGGAAGAUUAUACCUGUGGCUAUUCUAGAAGAAAAUGCCCAAAAACGGUUGAGAAUCAUUCAAGAACAUAUAAAAAAGAAUAAAUUGGAUGAUCCAGAUCUAAGUAUACAAGAUACUAUGAUCUUGGAAUUGUUGAGAUGGUUCAAGGAGGAAUUUUUUGAAUGGGUAGACAGUCCUAGUUGUGAAAGUUGUGGAAAUGAAACAAGUUUUUCUCACAUGAGUACAGAUCGAAAUCAUUUACAGUACACUGAUAGAGUAGAGCUCCAUCGUUGUAAAACUUGUAGUAAAUUGACACCAUUUCCCAGAUACAAUGACUUGAAUAUUUUGUUGGAGACCAGAAGAGGAAGAUGUGGAGAAUGGGCCAACACUUUUACACUCUGUUGUAGAUCAAUGGGUUGGGACAGCAGAUUUGUUUUGGAUGAAACUGACCAUGUGUGGACAGAGGUAUUCUCCGUGACCCAGAACCGUUGGUUGCACUGCGAUCCAUGCGAAAACGCCUGCGACACACCCCUCAUGUACGAAUCGGGGUGGGGCAAAAAAGUCUCCUACGUCAUCGCGUAUUCCUGCGAUGACGUCCAAGAUGUCACGUGGCGGUACUCGAGCUGCCAUAAGGCGGUGCUGGAAAGAAGAAAACUAUGCGGAGAAAAGGAGUUGCUGGAUGGUUUGUUAGAGUUGAGGGGGAGGGUGCAGAAGGGGGUGUCGGAGGCGAGAAGGAAGUAUUUGGCCAGGAGGGUUGUUAUGGAGUUGGUGGAGUUUUUGACGGAGAAGAAACCUAACAGUGAGGAAAACAAAGGUCGUUCUUCUGGCUCAGAAAUGUGGCGUCUAGCCAGGGGGGAAAUCCAGGAAGAAUCUAAAUCUUCUUCUUACGUUUGGCGAAUAAACCCUGCUGAUGUUUCUGAUGGUACAGUCACCAUCAGAUAUUCCAGUUCUCUGGACAAGUACGAAUGUAUAUCCGGAAAUCGUAUUUUAGGGGAAGUGUCUGGAUGGGAUAGGGGAGCUUACGCACAAAGUGGGGUUUUCAAGAAAGUGGAGAAAGAUUGGAAAAUGACGUAUUUGGCUAGAAAAGAGGGUGUUGAAAAUGGGAGCAUAUCGUGGAAAUUUGAUAUAGCGAGUGCCAACAAAAAAUUGCAAACUCUUUCAAUCAAAUUCGAUCAUAAAAUAUACGAAAAUGGCAUUGUGGAUUUCACAAUAUGUGCAGGGGACUCUUGUGUGUCUUUACCCAAAGGUGAAAUGAAAGCAGUGUUUGAAAACUUUUCAGGUUGCAGUAGUUUGUGUUUGAAGGCGAAUUUGUCUGGUGGAAAAGGUGACGUUGCUUGGCAACAUGCUCAGCUGUUUCGACAAUCUACUGACAGCAAAGAUUACACUUUUGCUGUCACCUUAACUUUCAAGGAAAACGUGGUUUCCAACAGCAGCUUCCUCAGCGACGGCUGGUGCAUCAGCAUCCUGGGAAAACCUUGCGCCAAUUUGAAAAUUUACGCAGACGCUAAACCGGAAGAUCGACAAGCUGACAACAUAGGGAAUCUUUUCACCAGCCACGAAAAAUCCAGAGAGAACUUGGACGUAUCCAGAACAGCAUCAGAAAUCGACAAUUCGAGACCUUAUAGAGUAUCGAUUGCAAAUCCAGAAGUUAGAACUUCUCUGGAAGAGCACCAAACACCGCAUAGGGAGAACUCUGAAGCUUUGAGAGUUACAGCAGCAAAUCCAGAAGUUGAAACUUCUAGAGAGGAGAACCGAACAUCACUUGGGAAAGUUUUUUCUCCAGAACACUCUAUAGAUGGUGCUGAACAAUCUACACCUGCUGUAGUAGAGCGACCCAUCACAACCCCAAACCUAGAAAAACGAUCUUCGCCAGUAAUAGAAGAACCCUCUAGAACAGAAAGUCCGAUAGAGGUUCCCAAAAACGCACAAGCAUUAUAUAACAGACGAAUCGAAACAGAAAAUAAGAAUCAAGUUCGAAAAAUCGUCGAAAGGAAAGAAGAGCUUACAAAUAAAUCUAGUGUUCCUAUUUCUAUCAAAGCGGAACAUCGCUUGGGUACAGAAGACGGUACCGUUAUAUAUAUUGGAUGCAAUAGAAGCAGAAGACAUUCAAAAUCUAACAACAAAAAAGAGAGCAGGAGGCAGAGAAACAACUGCUGCGACGAGAACUGUCAAACCAGCCGCCCUUCGAUCCUGAAACCAACUGCGACUGCGCGCAGCGAUUCCAGUCGUGGCGACCCUAGCCCGGGCAAGAGACACCAGAAAACCUCCACCGGUACGAUGGACGCCUACCCCGUCAAAGAAACGGCAACACGGGCCCAAAAUGACAGGCAACAAACCGUGCUGACCAGCGACAAGAUAUUGCAAACGUCAGACGAUCGCAUUUGUUUCUUCAGAUGCGGCAGGGAUACGGCCUCCAAUACCGAGCAAACGAAAUUGGCAGAGUCUUAUGUCAACACUUUCAAUACCGAGUCGACCAAAAUGCAGACCAGCGAGAAUACUUGGGCGAGUCCUGAUGAGAAUCGGUGCUGGUAUUGCUCAAAGGAGCGAGAACGAGUUUGCAGCUGCGCAUUUCCUGGUUGCAAAUCUCGUUUGGUUGAAAGGCACAUCAGCUUUUCAUCCCUUAACACGUCACCUAGAACCCCAGAAAGUUGCCCCUCGGAAAUUCGCCGUCCCCUACAUCGAAAAAAAUCUCCCAAGAUUAGCAACAAGUUCGUAGAUACAUCUGAAGAGAGUGCGAGGUACAUUUGUGUGCCCCCUUGCGAGGGUUUCAAGAAACGUCCUUCGGAAGCUAGGCGAUUUCGUGAGACGAAUCCUAGACCUAGAUCGCCACCUAGAAAUAUUCAAGCGAGGGUCGUUCCGUGUGACGGAAGAUGCAGACGUACCAUGAACCCAGAACCGCAUCAAAACUAUUGUUCUCUUCCGUUUCGGCCACCCCCACCUCCAAUACCGCGGGAUUUUUCAAGUUCCGAUGAACAGGAAGAGGAAGAAGAAGACGAAGAAACCGACAUUGACGAGGAAAAUGAAGACUUGGAUGGAUUCACGUCGGACGGUAGCAGAAUACAUCGUGAUUUGCCAUACCAAAACAACGAUGAGUAUCUGGAAUUGGUGCAGGAGUUGGAAGAAACGUUACAGAAUAGGAACAGGAACAGGGUGAAACGAGCAAUGAAAGAGUUCGAGAACAAGAGCAGAUACAACAGGCCGCUGGAACAACCGAUCAUCAAUUAUGAGGAACCCAGCGAGAGCGAGGAACCGAUCAUCAGAAGGAUUUCCGAGCUCAAUGAGAAGAGAAUCAGCCGUUGCCAAGGAGACUGCUGCGGCUGCAGAAAAGAGGAUCAGCCGACUUUUCAGCUCAAACUGAAACGGCCCACCUCGAAGCCCAACAAAUCCAAGAAGUUUUCGGGAGGGGACCGUCAGGCCCGUUGGCAGAUGGACAACAAAUCAGGCGAGUGGUUCAAGGUCGGCGAAAACGAUCCUCCCAAAUUUCGAAAUGCUCCUAAACUGGUUACGCCUCGCGGUCGUCUCAAUGAGCUGCCUUGCGGUUGUUCGUGUUCUUGUGGCAAAUAAAAAAUAUCACGGUUUCACUCUGUACGACUAUUUUUUGGCUCAUGGUUUAUACAGGGUGUUCCUU